AUGGCUCCUCGACGCGGUGGCGGCGGUGGAUCUUAUAGCAGCUCGCGCAUAUCAUGCGAUAGCGAUGCCUUUUCGGACGAACAGUCCAGAGUCGCCAUUGCCUUUGCUGCUCUGUGGUUUGUCGUCGCUGUGGUUUUGUUCUUCACUGCCACGCGGCGCUUUGGUCUGAACAAGAAACAAGGAAGUCCUGUCGUCGGCAGCGUCUUCCUGGGCUUCUCUAUGUUCUUCGCCUUAGGGACCCAUCUCACCAAUAUCAUAGUCACGGCGAUGACCCAAUGCGGCACCGGGACCUCCUACAAUUACGUAGCCCUCAUCGUCUACAACUGGCUCUCUCACGCGUCACAGUUCAUUCUGACGGCCUUGAUCAUGACAAUAAUCUGCCGCAAACUCCAAAGCGACUUUGCACGCGUCCAGCCGGCUAUCCUGACUCUCCAGACCGUGUGGGUUGCCAUCCUCGGGGCCCUCCUCGUCUCGCUGCUGUCCAUGAUAACGGCCACAUACCACUACUCGUACUCAGACGAUGCAGAUCCUUACAAGAUCUAUGACCUCGAAAAUCCGAUCCGGGGUAUCCAGACGACAUAUUACACUCUCGCCGUCCUCGGACUCCUCAUCGCGUCGGCGUCCAUGCUGAAGGCGCUCUUCAGCGCCCCGGCAUAUCUCCGCAAAGGGCCCAUCGCAACCUGGGUCCCCAUCCUUGCCUUAUCCGCCAUCGGCUACUCCGCAGCUUCUCUCGGCAUCCACAUCCAAUCCGCAUUCUUCGUCUCAAGCGCAACCAUGACCUCGAGCAAAUACAUCAGCUAUGUCCACGGCCAGCAGGCCGGUGGGUUCCUGGUCUGGUUCUUUUUCUUCCUCGCGUUUUAUGCGGCUCUCAAGAUUGCUAGCUAUCGUUCUCAGUCUGGUGUUGUCCACGCGGCUCCUCAUACCAGUAUGAAUCCCGCGGUGCCUACUCCGCAUGCGCAGCAGAGCAAUACCCUGAACCAUGGCUAUGAUUCGCAUCUGAACUACAAUGCGAAUGGGUACCAACAGAGUCAAAGCCAGAGUCAGAACCAGAACCAGUUUGGGGGAUACCAGCCGAAUCAGGGGUAUGGCGGUAACCACCCGGUGAGGUACUAA